AUGUUGGCUGGACCGCCCCGCCUAAUCUCGCUCGUCUCCGUCCUUGUUCUGUUUAUCCUAGCUUGGAGCUUUCUACGACUCGAUCGCGCACCGUAUUCCUCAAUUAGAUUUGGGCAGGUGCCGAGCUCGACGUCGUCGCUGCGCGGUGACCCGCUUGACUUCGGCAUUCCGUUGCGCUUCAAGGAUGGCGAACCGAGACCCGCAGGCACAAAUUACACCUGGUCUAUUGUGAUCCCGAAAACGAAGAAUGAGGACCUACGAUGGCUGCAAGGAGAGAUACCCGAGGCGAAGCUGGUGGUGUACGAAGUCGACAACCCGAAUGCAGAGUACAAGAUACCCAAGAACAAAGGACGAGAGGCUAUGGUCUACCUGUCGUACAUGAUCGACCACUACGAUGAUCUGCCCGAUACUACUGUGUUCAUGCAUGCGCAUCAUCAUGCUUGGCACAACAACCUCCUGCUCAUGCAGGACGCGCUGGGUAUGCUUAAGCGGUUGAACCACGAUCGAGUCGCGAGACUAGGAUACAUGAAUGUUCGAUGUCACCACGAGCCCGGGUGCCCCGAUUGGAUCCACUUGGACCGACCUGGCGGAGAUUUCGAUUUCUUCCGCAAACCUGAGGAGAUAUACUGGCGCAAAAGCAUUUGGGAGGAAAUCCACCCCGGCGCAGCCAUUCCAGCAUCACUCUCAGGCGUUUGCUGCGCGCAGUUUGCUCUGAGCAGGGACAGGAUCCGGGAAGUGCCCAUCGAAAGAUUGCUACAUUAUCGCAAAUGGCUCUUGAACACGGGCAUGGAUGACACUUACUCAGGCCGGGUCUUCGAGUACAUCUGGCACUACAUCUUCACAGGCCACGAGGUCUAUUGUCCCGCACAAAACACGUGCUACUGUGACGGCUACGGUGUUUGUUUCGGAGGACGCCAGAAAUACGAGGAAUUCGAAGAGAAGACAAACAAGCGCAAUACUCUGUUCACAGAGUUUGACGCGAUUGUCCAGAAAAAAGACAAGGCGAAGGAGGAAGGCAAGGAGGAGCCGUAUAUUACGGAUGAGGAGCAGAAGGAGGCUGACGCUUUGAACAAGAUGAUCCUGGAGCUUGAUCAGUGGCUGGAGACGAAGAGGAAGGAAGCGUUUGAGAGGGGGGAGGAUGAGGCUAGUCGGAAGGAAGAGAGGGAGUCGUAUGAUAGUAGUCGGAUUUGGGAUUAUGGACCGCCGGCUGGAUUGGUACCGUGA